AUGAGCUCACCAUGGCCUUUCGUCGCUUGGGGCAUGGAUGUUGUCGAACCCAUUGAACCCGCAGCCUCGAAUGGCCACCGGUUCAUUUUGGUUCCCAUUGACUAUUUCACCAAGUGGGUGGAAGCAAUGUCUCACAAAGCAGUAACGAAGAAUGUGGUGGCAGACUUUGUGCGAAACCACAUCAUAUGCAGAUUUGGUGUGCCCGAGUCCAUCAUAACAGACAACGGAGUAAACUUGAAUAGUCACCUGAAGAAGGAUAUCUGUGAGCAAUUCAAGGUCACCCAUCAAAAUUCGACAGCUUAUCAGCCGCAAAUGAACGGAGUCGUAGAAGCAGCCAACAAAAAUAUCAAAAGGAUAUUGAGGAAAAUGACUAAUAGUCAUAAGGGUUGGCAUGAAAAGUUGCCUUAUGCUCUACUAGGAUACCGUACUACAGCCAGGACUUUAACAGGAGCAACUCCAUACCUGCUGGUCUAUGAAACUGAAGCAGUCAUACCUGCUGACGUUGAGAUACCUUCGCUGAGAAUCAUUCACGAAGGGAAAUUGGACAAUGUUGAAUGGGUUGGAGCUCGUUAUGAGCAAUUGGCCUUGAUUGAUGAGAGAAGGAUGGUUGCUGUCUGUCACGGUUAA